GGGUUCUGGGGCGUGACAGAUUUUGUGGUAUCAGAGCCUAGAUGGCUCCAAAGCGGCGUGGGCGGCCCCCGAGGGGUAGCCAUAAGGAUCAGGGCACGCCUCCGAUCCCAGAAGCUAGUCCCCCUACUCAAGCUGCUCCGCAGGAGGGAGGGACGAGCAAUCCCCAAGUGGCCAGCUUCGCUCGGGAACUUAUGGCGGAGAUAAGACGCCAAGUAUCUCCUGUCACAAGUGUACCACCUCCAUUCCCGGUGGUCUCCACUCCUAUGGCCCCUGCUCCGGUUUCCCCUGUUCCUAUCUCUUCUGCCCUUGCUGUGCCUGUCUGGAAGAUUUAUACAGAAUUCCAGAAGUUGAUGAAGAACAAGGGAUUCGAUGGUACUGCAGGUUUUGAGCAGGUGGAAUCGUGGAUCACUGAGGUGGAGCGGGGAUUCCACCUACUGCAGGUUUCUGAUGACCUUAAGGUCAAUGUAGGCACUUACAUGCUCUCUGGGAAGGCAUUAACUUGGUGGGUGAGUUAUAUGAAGCUACACCAAGGGGAGCCUGAAUUGAGCACCUGGGAGGGUUUUAAAAAGGUGUUCAUGCGGGAGUUCGUACCGGACAGCAAGAGGCGAGAACUGCAAAGAGAAUUUGCAGAUUUAAAACAAGGGUCAAGUACUGUUGAGCAAUACAAGGAGGAGUUUGACCGCUAUCUGCCUUUUGUGGGUAGCCAAGUCGGCGAUGAGCAAGCCAAGGCCGACAAAUUUCUGUGGGGCUUAAAUUCUGACAUUUAUUUGGCGGUAAACCAAUUUGAACCCGCCACUUAUCGAGAGGCUGUGGACAGAGCUAUAAGUCAGGAGAAGGCUAUGGUUAGGGUCAAGUCCUCAGGGCAGCCUAGUGGUGGGUCAUCCCUUGGGAAGAGGAAAUUUGAUGGGAGCCGUCGGUCCCUUUUCCUUGCACCGCCUAGGUCUGAAAUCAACAAGGGUCCUAGAUGGUCAGGAGCCACCAAGACUGGGGGCCAGGCAUCCACGGCUCAACGUGCUCGCCCUACUCCACCUACUUGCAACUUUUGUGGAAAGGUUGGGCACACCCGUGAUCAGUGCCACAUUGCCACUGGGGCUUGUUUUAGAUGUGGCAAGCCAGGACAUCAGAUUGCAAAUUGUCCGUUGCUAGACCCCAAAACUCAAAGUACUCAAUCUACAUCUCAGCAGGGGUCUACCAAUCAAGGGGCACCGAAACAGAAUGUCGGGGUUAGGACAAGGGCCCAGCAGGCAAGAGCCCAAGCCCAACAAGCAAGAGUUCACGUGAUGACCCAUCAGGAAGCUGCGGCUACCGACGUAAUCACGGGUACUUUGCCUGUUAACUCUGAUUAUGCUCAUGUUUUAUUUGAUUCGGGUGCGUCGCACUCUUUUAUUGCUCGAUCUUAUGUUUUGAAACGAGCUUUGCCUGUUGAUAUCUCUGAUUGUGAACUGCAUGUGGACACCCCUUUAGGAGGGGUGAUGACUACUAGGGAGGUGUGUAGGACGAUGGAUAUUUAUGUUGAUGGUAGACAGUUGAGUACUAGUUUAUUUGUUUUAGACAUCUCCGAUUUUGAUAUCAUUUUGGGGAUGGAUUGGCUGUCUAAACACUUUGCCUCUAUAGACUAUCAUCGGAAAUGGGUAAAUUUUAAUAUUCCGGGUGAGCCAGAAUUUAGUUUUCAAGGCAGUGGUUCUUUUGCUCCACCCGUGUUAGUAUCUGCCUUGCAGGCUCAAAAAUAUCUUGUAAAUGGUUGUCAGGGUUUCCUAGUCUCUGUUAUUGAUGCUAGUAGUGUGACAUCGAGACUAGAGGACAUACCGGUGGUGCGUGAGUUUCCGGAGGUAUUUCCAGAGGAUCUCCCAGGUUUACCUCCGGAUAGAGAGGUUGAAUUUGCCAUUGACCUUGUUCCUGGCACCGGACCCACUUCCAAAGCACCAUACCGUAUGGCUCCUGCAGAAUUGAAGGAGUUAAAGGUCCAGCUGGAGGAACUCCUUGAGAAAGGGUUUAUACGCCCUAGUGUAUCACCUUGGGGAGCUCCAGUGUUGUUUGUCAAGAAGAAGGAUGGGAGCAUGAGGCUAUGUGUUGAUUACCGGGAAUUGAAUAAGGUGACUGUGAAGAACCGGUAUCCCCUUCCUAGAAUUGAUGACUUGUUUGACCAGCUCAAGGGUGCUCAGGUAUUUUCUAAGAUUGAUCUUCGAUCUGGCUACCACCAGGUGAAGAUUAAACCGGAUGAUGUACCAAAGACUGCCUUUCGCACCCGUUAUGGUCAUUAUGAGUUCAUGGUCAUACCAUUUGGCUUGACAAAUGCCCCUGCCAGAUUUAUGGAUUUGAUGAAUCGGGUGUUCAGCAAAUACCUAGAUCAAUUUGUGGUUGUCUUCAUUGACGACAUUUUGAUCUACUCUUCUAGCCAUACUCUUCAUGAGAAGCACUUGAGGAUAGUCCUCGAGACGUUGAGAAGGGAGAGGCUGUUUGCUAAAUUCAAGAAGUGUGAAUUUUGGCUAGAUAAUGUUGCAUUCCUAGGUCACGUUGUGACUAAGGAUGGAAUUUCUGUUGACCCCCAGAAAAUUGAGGCCGUGGUUGAUUGGAAAAGGCCGAAUAAUGUUGCAGAAGUUCGGAGUUUUCUGGGAUUGGCUGGUUAUUACCGCCGAUUUGUGGGGGAUUUCUCCAGAAUUGCCCAGCCAAUGACUCGUCUGAUCAGGAAGGAUGCCAAGUUUGAGUGGACCCCAGAGUGUGAGAAGAGCUUUUUGACCUUGAAGGAGAAAUUGGUCACUGCUCCUGUACUUGCACUCCCAAUUAAUGGGGAAAAAUUCACUAUAUAUAGUGAUGCCUCUAAAAAGGGUUUGGGAUGUGUCCUGAUGCAAAAAGAUAGGGUUAUUGCCUAUGCCUCUCGGCAGUUAAAGUCUUAUGAAGAAAAUUACCCUACCCAUGAUCUGGAGUUGGCAGCUGUAGUAUUUGCACUCAAGAUCUGGAGGCAUUAUCUGUAUGGUGAGACUUGUGAGAUCUUCACUGAUCACAAGAGCCUUAAGUAUAUUUUCACCCAAAAGGAGCUUAAUAUGAGGCAGAGGCGAUGGCUUGAACUUUUAAAGGACUACGACUUGACCAUUAGCUACCAUCCGGGCAAGGCUAACAAGGUAGCAGAUGCGUUGAGUAGGAAGUCCUCUGGCACUGCCUCUAGCAUCCUUGCCACUCAAAAGGAGUUACUUGAGGAUCUUGUGAAACUUGAUGUGGAGUUGAGAAUGGACAGCACUACGGCUUAUCUAGCCGCCCUCAGUGCACAACCGGCAUUAAUAGAUAGAAUCAAAUUUGCCCAACAAAAAGAUUCCUUCUUGCAGAAGAUGAAGGAAAAAGUAAGAGCCGGGGAACCCCACAUGCAAGAAUUCAGAAUUUCUGAUGAUGAGACCUUGUGGUUUGGUGACAGGCUGUGUGUACCCAAGGAUCAUGCUUUGAGGCGUGAGAUUAUGGGAGAUGCCCAUUAUACUAGCUAUACAAUUCACCCAGGUAGCACCAAGAUGUAUCGCGAUUUACGUAGUACAUUUUGGUGGCGGAACAUGAAGAGGGAGAUAGCUAGAUUUGUCUCACAAUGCCUGACUUGCCAGAAGGUCAAGGCUGAACACCAGAGACUUCCUGGCAAACUGCAGCCAUUACCUAUUCCUCAGUGGAAGUGGGAGAACAUCACCAUGGACUUUGUGACUGGUUUACCACGAACCCUUAAGGGUAAUGAUUCCAUCUGGGUCAUCGUUGAUCGAUUGACCAAAUCAGCUCAUUUCUUACCCUACCGGACUGGCACCUCCAUUGAAAAGCUUGCUAAUAUGUACAUGGAGGAGGUAGUCAAACUGCAUGGAGUCCCUGUGUCUAUUGUGUCAGAUAGAGAUACCAGAUUUUUGUCUCAUUUCUGGACAAGUUUGCAGCAGGCACUUGGUACUCAAUUAAAUUUUAGCACGGCCUUUCAUCCUCAAACUGAUGGGCAAUCUGAGAGAACUAUUCAGAUACUUGAGGAUAUGUUGAGGGCUUGUGUUCUAGAUUGGAAGGGUUCAUGGGAUCAACACUUAUCCAUGGCUGAAUUUGCAUACAAUAAUAGUUAUCAGUCCAGCAUCCGCAUGGCACCGUUUGAGGCUUUGUAUGGUAGAAGGUGUAGAUCACCUGUUUGUUGGACGGAAGUGGGCGAAAGAAGCAUUUUAGGCCCAGAAUUGGUGCAACAAUCUUCUGAGAUUGUGCAGUUGAUCAAGGAAUGCCUUCGUGCUGCACAAAGCAGGCAGAAAAGCUAUGCGGAUAGAAGGAGGCGAGACCUUGAGUUUGAAGUUGGUGACCAGGUAUUUUUGAAGGUGUCACCCACUCGAGGUAUCCUCAGGUUUGGUAUCUGGGGAAAAUUGAGUCCGAGGUAUAUUGGACCAUAUCCCAUCUUGGAAAGGAUUGGCGAGGUAGCUUAUAAAUUGGAAUUGCCUGGAAAUCUAGCGGGUGUUCAUGAUGUGUUCCAUGUGUCCUUACUUAGGAAGUAUGUCCCCGACCCGAGCCACAUCAUUAAUCCCGAACCAAUUCAACUCCGAGAGGAUCUCACUUAUGACGAGCGCCCGAUCCGCAUUUUAGAUUUCAAAGAGAGGAUAAUGCGGAGAAGGACCAUUCGUUUUGUUAAGGUCCUCUGGGACAACCAUUCGGUUGAAGAAGCUACUUGGGAGUUGGAAUCCAAGAUGAGGCAGGAACAUCCGCACCUCUUCCAAGAUUGAGGUAUGAGUUUAGGGGACUAAACUCCUUUUUAGGAGGGGUGGAUGUAAUACCCCAAAAAUUUCAAGCACAUUAAGCUAAGUUAGGGACUAAAUGAUGAAGAAACAUCAUUAAUGGAC